UUUUACUCAAAAUUAAAGAGGAUUAUGGAAUACAAACGACGAGUGGCCAAGCAGCAAUUCAGUUCGAAAGGUGGUCGUGUGAAAAACGUAAGCAGCUUUGACAAACAAGGUCCAGCUGCCAAAAAAACAAGGCGAGAGGUCGAAAAUGAUGCCGAACAUGCAACAGGUAUCAGAGGAAUGUUUAAGUAUAGAAUCAUUUCAAAUCUGACCUAUUUUGUAAUAUAUAGUUGCGGUUAUUGAUGUGGCAUCUUAUUCUGAAAAUGUCAAAAAAUUGUUACAAGUUUGCCGUACUUUUGGUUCAACAUAAAGUAUAAAGGCUCUGUAUCUCUUGACUUUCGAAGGCAGGCAAAGAGAAAUUUUUGCCAACAAAUUUGCAAAUGUAGCUGAGAUUCUAAAAACAGCCUGUCCAGUUCUUAACCAAACUACUUAUCUUCAGUACGAGUUUGAAUUAAUGAAAGGUAAGGGUAUUUGCAAUACCUUUAUGAAGAAUUGGACAACUAUGGUUCCUCGUAUUCUACAAUUAGCAAAAACGAAGAAUACAGUGGAGGUUACCAAAGUUCUUGGAUUGUAUCCUAAAAAUGAACUGGAAGUGUCAUUUGACAUUUGUGCUUGCGCAGCACUUGAGGUUUUACCCUAUCUAAUUCCAGUCAGGAAGAAAAAGGGUGUUAUCCCUUCUCACUUUCUGUAUUAUCCUCAAGAAGAUUCAGUUAGCCUGGAUGCGGUUUUAAAGGAAUCGGUCAAUCGUCCCCCGUUCAUCAUUCAAAUUGAAGAUUCCUUCCACGUCAUCGUAGAUAACCAAGUUUUGGUAACUUCUAACUCGGUCUCCGACGCAUUGUUGAACGUAUUUUCCUCUUACUAUGUUUUCUAUAUCGAAUAUAGUAAGCAAGUAUUGAAAUCAUUGUUGUUCCUGCAAAGUGAGGUCUUCGGUUUAAAAGAUGAUUGUUCCAUUAAUUGCCCUGGUUUACCUCUUUUUGUAAACACUUUUAAUGCUGUUAAACUGUAAUUGACCUUUUGUUCGUUGUCAUUGUCGUCGUCGUCGUUCAUUAAUGUUUCGUUGAACUGACAACAUUCAAACAAAAUGCAAUUUUGGUCGGCAAAGAGCAAUACAAAGUUUA